CUCUCUAUUUGUUGUAGCUGUGUGCGCUUGUAGCCAUGGAGAGCGAAAUGAGGUUGUAAACAAGUAGUGUUGUAGCCCGUGUACUGUGCACCGUGCACGCCCAUCAUGUGCCAUGGCUGCUGUUGAUGAUUUGAAAGCAGUCGGAGUUAUAGAGAAAGACACCAAUAACGAUGUGUUGUGGACGUGGUCUUACCCGUCAUUCACGCUGGAAGAUCGUUCCCUGCUUCUGGCAAAAUGUGACUUGGAAAACGAUAACAUGUCAAGUGAACGGCCAGUAUGGUUCCGGUACUGUCACCACCACAGGGAUUGGUUUUACAUGUACCAGACAGAAGUUUUUGACAGCGAUAACUUGAGCCGAGUGAAACUCUUCGUCCUUGUGUUGCACGCCAAAGACUUCAGCCCCGAGAAGUACGAGACACUAUCGAGAAUACUCAGCAAAGUGUACUGCAAGACCGGAGACCCUACAGCGCUGCUGCGGCUUUUUCUGUCUGUGUCCGUCAAGGGCUCGUGUACGACCGAAGAAAACGGAACUUUUCUGUUGAGCAACUACGAUCGAAAACGCAGCCUUACGCAGGUGCCAAUCAAAGAUAUCAUAAAAAUGUUUGGUCUGGAGACGAUAAUCAUCUACACUGCAAUCAUCCUGAAGAAGAGGGUGAUUGUCUACCACCACAAACUCAACGUUUUGCUAAACUACGUCAGGGCUUUUACUGCUCUCAGCGCGCACAAACCACAGUGGGAGUAUUUCUUUCCUUUUAUGGAGCUGACUCCUGCUGAAAUGGCUGAGCUGUCGGAGAUGCCACAUUACUUGGCAGGGUUUCGUGAUGCCAGUGUUGAAGGCCGCUUAGAACUGUACGAUGUCUUCGUCAACUUGGCUGCUAUUGAAAUUACUGUGGCACCACAUUCAAAAGAGGCCUUCCAGAUGAGUAAGAUGCACAAAGAAAUUGCUAUGUUCAUGGUGCGACAGGCAGAUAAUGAUAAUUUAUCUGACCAGAAUGUUGUGCAGGACAUUGCAGCAAAGACUGAGGAAUUGUUGCUCAACAUCAAGAGUGCUAUGGCUCCUGGCACAAGUGGCAAGCCAGUGGUCAGCUUUGCAAAACUGCAGGGACUCAAGCUAGCACCUGCACUUGAAAACUUUUACUGGAACUUGGCAGUAGCAGAAGGACUGGUGGAUGCAUGAUCAAGUCUUGGAGACGCACAGCAUGCAGUGACUUUGCUUGUGGGCUCAUUGCCAAUUUCUACAAUAUUAAGCAUGUAAUAAAUGUGCAGGUGGAGCAGUUAUUUUAAUCCUCCGAGCAUUGUCACUGUGACAUAAUAGCUGCUGUACGUAAGAAAGGUGCUUAUCUUACGCUGCUUAUUUGAAUUGAAAUAGCAACGCCAUAAAGUUUUGCUAGAUUUUCUGUUAUACUACUGAACAUGUUAAUUUAUUCUUGUUUCAUGGGUGUUCUACUGUUGCACAAAAAAUUUCAAAUAUUUAUGCCUAAUGACAUCAAAUUAAUGUAACCACGAAGCUCCAAAGUCAUCUUUAGCACCAUCUUUAUGUGCACAAAUUGAAUGUAGUAUGAUGCACUUGUUUGUUACAGAUGAACUGAUGCAACUCUAAUGCUUCUGUAGAGAAAAUAUCCAUCUUUGCCAUUGCAGGCCACCAGUGGGGCUAGAGGGGCUCAUCAGAAGUGCUCAUGUAACUCCAUCAAAUGCUUCAAUAUUCACAGCCCUCACUUCUGCCUUUUCCUUCUGCUGUUUUGAAGUACUUCAGACCCCCUUCCGAUUCUUCGCACCUUCCACAGGACCCUAGACUCAUUUAUUGCCAACAGCACCCCCAAGGCUUCCCUGCAGUACCAGAUAGAAAUAAAGUCCCAGACUACUAUGUCUUAUUGUGCAAAUCUUGUUCAAUACCCUCCACUGACCUUCUUUACUGCAUGCUCUGCUACCCAACAUUCAUGCCUGUUGCCUCCCUGCCAAACCAUAAAUAAAAAACUCCCUACUAACAUCUUCGAAGUGUGUGUCAUAGACAUGCGGCAAGUUGGAAUCUGCACUUUUCUAAUUGUGGUUUUUUUCACAGCUGGUGUCAACGUCCAGGUAUGAUGACAUAAGUUGAUUUUGUAGCUCGCUGCUAUAGUUAAAAAAAAAUGGCCAUACAGAAAGGAUCAUUCAGUGGUUAAGAGAAACUUGACAGUUACUAUUCUUUUUUCAAAAGUUAACACUAUAAGACAGAGGUUAGUGAGCCAGAAUUUUUUUUGUGUGUCCAAUUUCGAUGGAGCUACAGGGAUGGCCAGAAAACUAGAUAGUGAUCUUGUGGUGCAUUUGCAUUGCAUCUCAUUGUCUUAGCAACCAUACAAAUACAAACAAAUUAGACAUUUAUAUGUAAGCCCGUGUGUUUACGAAUGCACAAAAAAAGGAACAGUUGGAGUGGAAAAUCACUAUAUUCACACUCAGUCCAAGGCUGUCUUCAUGCAAAACUUGGGCCAUUGUAGAGACCUGCAGAUUAUGCGACUUACCGAAUAGAGAUAUAUGCUUCACUGUUGUGUGAAGAAUUGAAACACCAUUUUCUGCUAGAGAUGUAUAGAAGCUUUACAUUAUUAAUUUGCGAACGAGGUAACUUAUCCUCCAAUUGUGAUAAAAAAUUUACUGUUGCAUAAAGAAUAGAAGUGUUAUUUUUUUAUACAUAUCGAUUGAAACUGUACAUUAUAAAUUUAAGGGUAGAAAUCGAUUGAAACUGUACAUUAUAAAUUUAAGGAAAGAUGUGGGUCGAAAAAUGCGAUUUUUUUAUUCAAGAAUAAUGAUUUGUUUAUUUUGACAUGUUUUGUAAAGGUUAGUAUCGACUGUUCCGAAAAUAAAAAUCUAAGUCGAGAUG